AUGAGCGAAAAGCCUGUCGAGAAACCCGCUGCUCGUUUCGUCAGGCAGUUCCAACAACAAGAUCUGGCAGACAGUCCCGAUUAUGCGCUUUUAAACCACACCAGAACACACCUCAACAGCCGCGUUCUGCAGAAAAAAUACCUGACAAAACAGCUGCAGCUGCUGUACACGCAAAUAGACAAGACACGCAACUACCAGGAGUUUGUCGACACGCUGGCGCGCAACCGCUCGCUGCUGAGUGACAUCUUUCGGGUGGAGAAGGACGGUCACGUGGUGCAGAGAAGAGCUGGCGCUGUUUCCGCCGGCAGUGGCAAAAGCGUCGGCAGUGGCCAGCGAAGAAGGGGCGUCUCCGCAGCCCUGGCUGCGGCCACGAGCACGCACGGUGUUUUGAUCCCCAGCGUGCCCUGGCAUCAAUACGGAGUGGAUGUCGAACAGUAUCUACUGGCAAGCGACGAGAGUCGCGACUUGGUCCACCAGAGCGGAUGGGUCUUUCACGAUAUGUAA